CUGACCUUGGGCACUGCCCCGGCCACCUGUCCUGGCUCCUGAUUAAGCUUUGGCUUUCUGCCUUUGCUCUGACUGGGAGCUGUUUUUAGGAUCUGAGCUCAGCGGGGCCGUGUCGUGGCACCACUUGGUGUGGUUUGGGAGGGGGGACCUGGCCCCUGCGAAGGCGGUGUGGAGCCUUUGGGGGCUGUGAUGCUCCUUUCCCCCACGGCCAUGGGGCAGCUCGUUCUCCUUCGACCCCCCCCCCCAGGACCCCAGCCGUGGAUUUCAUCAAAACCGAUACCCCUUCUUUUGCAAUAAAAAAAGGAAAAGGCAGCUUGUGCUGACUUCUCACUUUCCUUUCCCCUUGCCCCUGUAGAGCUGGAUCCCUGCGCUACCUCCAGGCUCCAAACCUCCCCCCCCCCCCCCCCCCAGACCUGCUGGAUUUAGAGCUGGGGGUUGCAGGACCCUUUUCUGGGGGGCUCUCGGGCUGCCUUUGGGGUCACCCCGCUGGGUGCCCGGGGACCGUGGCUGGCCCGGAGCGGGGCUGACCCGACUCCCGGAGCCCGCGGGAGGUUACGGCGGCGCAAAGCCCCGGGGCCGCCCCCGCUGCUCCCCCCCCGGCCCCGGCGGACGAUGAUCGCCGUUUCCAUCCCCGCGGCGGAGCCGCAGGCGGCGGCGCGCAGCCCCGAUAAGACGCACACGGUGUACAGGGUGGAGGUGCUGUGCAACGGCCGGCGGCACACGGUGGUGAAGCGUUACAGCGAGUUCCAGGCGCUGCACAAGCGGAUCAAGAAGACCUGCAAGGUCCCCGACUUCCCUCCCCGCCGUGUCCCCAACUGGAUGCCCAAAGUGCUGGAGCAGCGUCGGCAGGGCUUGGAGCUUUACAUGCGGGGUGUCCUGUACCACAACGAGGAGCUGCCCCAGGACGUGCUGGACUUCCUGAAGGUGCGUCGUUGCCAGCAGGACCCCAAGGCCAGCAGCCCCCCCGCCGGCUGCCUGCCCUCCCAGCGGCCCGUCGUCGGCUUCUGCACCGACCCCUACGCGCGGCCACCGGGCACCGACCUGCUCCCCAACACCGUCCUCAGUGGGGUGCUGCAGGGCCUCUACAUCCCCUGAGCUGCAACCCCAGCCAGGCAGCGCCCCGAGCCCCCGGCCUGCCGGGCUUCCGAGCACCCACCCAGCACUCAAGGGCCGCAGUGGUGAGCAGCUGGGCAGCACGAAAGGAUCCCUGCGGUAAGAAGAACUCCUCCCUGCUAGGAUGGGGCAAGAAAACUGGGUGAGAGAAGCCAAGGCGUAUGGUGGGGAGUCACAGCUGCUCUCCAGGCCAGCGCUGCUCACCCACCACCAUCCAAAGUGCCUUUGUUAGGUAGCAGGAGCUCUGCCUUCUGCCCUGAUGUUUUGGGGUUGUGGUAGGAGCCUUUGGACCCUGAACCAUGAUGGAAAACCCCUCAGCAUCUGGGCUUCGGUGCAAUAAAUCACUUGGGCUUGA